AUGCCCUUUUGAAUUACAUGGUGACGAAUGCGAAAACGACGGCGCUCUUUUUAAACCGCUUUACCGCGGAAACACCGAAUUCUUCAAACUGGCUGGGAAGUUUACAUCGAUUCAUGAACUGAGGAUGGAACUAGUUAUCGACGCAGUUAACCUGGAUGUUUGAAUUGUGGAUGGUUUACGUUGCUAGCUAACAUUAGCCACCAGAGUGGACACUCGCUUUCUAACAAACAAGGUGAAGGUAACCUGUAAACUUCAUUGUGUUUCUCCUUGGUUUAAAAGCAAGUGGCUUUUUAAAAAAAAUGCGGUAGCUUAUUUACUUAUUAAAACAAAAAAACUUUGUUUUUAGGAUGUCCACUAGCUUAGUUUGAGGUUUUCGAAUGAAUCCCGUCUUCUUCAUGCAGCCAUGAACAGCAGCGCAGAGAGGAAGUUCGUUAAUUUACGGAAACGUCUGGAUCAGCUGGGCUACCGACAGCCGGUCGGAAUCGAGUCCUUGCCUCUGGUGGAUAAACUGUUCAGUGAUCUGGUCCACACCACCGAGAGCUUACGCAAUGCCAAAUCAUCAGCUGGAAAGACUGAGGAGGAGAGCAGGAGCGUGGAUGCUCUGCUGGAGCCCUACAGAGCGGAGAACGCCAGGGUGGUCCGGGAGAACAACAAGCUGCACCUCGAUCUCCUCAAACUAAGGGAGGAGAAGGAUCGAGUCACCAGAGAGCUCAAAGCUCACAUCAGGAGACUGGACCAUGAAACAUUGGACCUGAAGUUUCUAAACAACCAGUACGUGCACAAGGUUCGGUGUUUGGAGAAGGAUGGUAAGGCCAAAGUGGAUCGCAUCCAGCAGCUGCAGGAGAAGAACUUGCAGGCUGUUGUGCAGACACCAGGAGGGAAGAAGCGCAGCAUCCCUUUCAGACGACAGAAAAUGCAGGUCGAUGAGCUUCUGCCGUUUUCUGGUAGAUUAGCCUAUCCUGUAAUGCAGCCUGAUGAUCCUUACAUAGCCGAUUUACUUCAGUUGGCAGAUGGAAGAAUUCACGAACUUCAGGAAGACAUCGUCAAACUCAAAGUAGAUAUGGAAAAUGCUCAGGAUUGUAUAAAACAUCUCAACACUCAGGUGGAGGAAAGGGACGGAGAGAUCAGUCGACUGAAUAACGUUCUUCACGGAGGACGUCCACACAACGUCAUUUCACUCGAAGCCAGAAACAUCAGCAAUAACAAGCUGAUUGCCCACCUUAACCUUCAGAUUGAGUACCUGCAAGAAACCAACAGAAGUCUGGAGGAAAAAAUUGAGGGCCUGCUGGAGAAAAAGAAGGAUGUCUCAGCAGAAAUGGUUAAUUUGUCCUUGAAGAACCGGGAGUUAUGUGAGGAGCUGACACACAUUGACGACCUGGCGAAGCAUCUGGAGAUGGAGAAGGAAGGGGAUUUGGAAACCGCUGACAUGGAGCUUCAAGAAGCUAAAGAAGAAAUCCAAAGGCAGCAGAAGACCAUUGAGGACUUGGAGGAAGUUAUUACAAAGACAAGAAGGGAGCAGUCUGAUGGUGAAUUUGAAAGAGGCCGUCUCCAAGAUGAGCUGGUGGAGCUCAAAGGUCAGAACAAGAAGAUGGAGGGACUAGUUAACCUUCUGGAGGGGGAGAAAAGUAAGCUCCAGGACAAAGUGGAGAAGAUGAUGUCAGCUGAAAAAGCGCUGGUUCUGGAGCUGGAGAAAAUGCGUGCCAAACAUGGCGUCUGUGGUCGAGAGAGCUCCCCAUCGCGUUUAGAUGCUUUUAUCAGGAGUCUAGAGGAGGAGAGGGAUUGCUACCGCAGAGAGGCUGAGAAUUACCAGCAAGCUAAAAGGGGCAGCGGCCCGGUUUUGAGCCCCAGCCGAAGUCCAGACAGAGGCAGUGCUUCAAGGUCCAGAGGGAAUAAGGUAAUCCUGCUUCAUUCCACACAUGAUAUAGAGGGACAACUGUAUCGCGCGCUAAAGGAGAGGGACGAACUUAAGACAGCACUGUUGGACUUUGAGAAGCACAUGGAGGACAUUCAGAAGGAUGUCAAGGUCCUCAGCAACGAGAAAGACCACUUCAAGGCCCUCUUUAAACAAGCCCAACAUGACCUUCAGUUGUCCAGCAGCGUGGACGUGUCCGCCGACGUCCUGAAGCUGCAGGAGGACCUGGAAAAAGCAAAAGUGAAACUGGAACAGUUGACCACUGAGAGGGACGCCCUGAUGGAGAGGUUGAAGAAUUCAGCUCUCACAGACAAGCAAGGAGAAGAGCGGAGGAUUCUGGAUCUGGAGUGCACCGUCCAGAAUCUGGAGCAGGAAAGACUGAACCUGCAGUCACAGCUGUGUGUGCUAAAGGAGAGAGGAAAGGCUGCAGAUGAUCAGCCAAAGUUACUCCAAAAUGCAGAGGACCUGUCACAGCUGAGGGAUGAAGCCAACGCUCUGAGGCUUUUGAAGGAACAGAUGGAACAGUUAAUCUCUGACUACCAACACAGGUUCUCUGUGAAGACGAGUGAGCUGCAGAAGGCUCAUCAGCAGAUUGAGGAAUUUGAGGAGAGAUUAGGAGAGUUUAGUCAGCAGAGCUCAAAGCACAGAGAGGAAGUAGCCAGUCUUCAAAAGGCCAUCUCUGCUCUGGAUAGAGAGAAGGAUGCUCUGCAAGAUGAUGUGGAUCAGAAAACGGAAAAAUUGGUUGUGCUCCAGGAGGAAUUAUCCAAAAAGGAAAAAACCCUUGAAGAUGUGAGGCAAACAGUCAAAAACAUGGAUGUCUCACUAGCCCAGCUGCAGGGCGCCUUAAAAAGCCGUGAGAGGGAGAUAAGCAGUCAAAGACGGCAGCUGGACGCCUGUCAGGAGGAGCUGGCUGCUCUCAAAAGGGACAAAGGGAUCAUAAUCAGAGAGAACAAAAGACUUCAAGAUGAUCUGACCACCAUGACCCGUGAGAACCAGGCCAUACAUGCAGAGAUGGAGGAGGCCUUGCAUGAGAAGGACGAGAUGAAGCUGAGGGUUCACUCAUACAUUUCGGAAGUGUCAAGAAUAGAAAAGCUAAUAGCUACGAAAGAGCAGGAGAACAGGGAUUUGUUGGAGCGGUUCCGGAUGGCCCAUUCUGAGGUAGAGGAGCGGGACCAAAAACUGCAGCAAGCUGCAGGCCUGAACAACUCCAUCCGGCUGGAGCUUCUCUCCUCCGAUGCAGAACGUAGACAACUGAGGGAUACAGUCAGACGACAGGAGACUGAGAUCCAGCAGCACAUCCAAGUACUUCAGGCCUACGAGACCAGAGUGUCCUCACUGGCUCAUGGGAUGUCCAAGCUGGAGGGGGAGCUCCACAAAGAGCAGCAGGAGAAGGUCUCUGCACUUUCAGAUCUGGCUUCUGUCAGGGAGCUUUGCGUCAAACUGGACUCAGGAAAAGAGUUAACAGCAAGGCAACUCACCGCCAAAAGCAUGGAGCUGGAAAAGUUAACAGGAGAACUGGCAGAUUUGCGAUCAGAGGUGGAGCUACUCAAGAAGCAACUCGCCAGCGAGCGGCUGACCGUACGUAACCUUGAAACUUUGAUCUCCACCACCCGGCAGAAAGAGUUCCAGUCUCACCUGGCUGCCAGUGAGAGGGAGUCUGAGCUGAAAGUCCUUCGUGACAUGGUCACCAUGGCUGACAACAAAACGGAGGUGUCCCAGCUCCGUGGCAGACUGUCUCAGCUCCAGACAGAGAAGGACGUCCUCAAGAGACAAGUGACCACUGAGCGCUUUGAGCGUGAAAGGGUGGUUCAGGAGAUGCGCAGACAGGGUCUUUCCUUCUCAUCCCUGGACAGCAACUCUUCCCUCACAGCCUCCAGCGGCAUUCACGGUGCCUCCCAACACUCUAUCUUCCAAACUCUUGAGCGCUCUUCUGACAAGUCAGCAGACAAGUAACCUGAAUUUGAGUGUCAGAGACCUGACAUCCUUCAUUUCUGCAUGCACUCUGGAUAUUACCCAUCUCUUUUUCAAGGACAGCAGAGAAAAAUUCUGUAUUGAAAAGUGAGUUGGACACAAAUCCUUCCAGAAAUGCAUGCUGAAUGAAAUCGCUUCUAGCACUCCCCAUUAUUACCGUACUAUUUUCUUCAAUAAAUCAUCCAAAUUUUAGAAAGAAAUAAGCAGAAACUACUGCUUGAAAUUAGAUUUUUUCCUUUCAGAAUAAGCAGCUUGUUCUGUCAGUAUGAUGUUCCGAGUUAUUGAAAAAUCCUUUCAUUUCCAACAUUUUUAUCUCUUACAUGUUAGAAAAACAUGCAUUAUGUGGCAAAACUUGUAUUUUUUUUUUAUUAUGUUAAGUUAUUAACAAAAUAAAGGUGUACAUAAACCA